UAUGAGAAAUGUAUUAGUGAUCUUAGCACUUUUGUUUUGUGUAGCAAAUACAAUAGAUAUGGGAGAAGAACUAAUGAAAAGAGAAAUAUUAACUAAGAUAGUUGAAUAUGCUGGCAUAGAAAUGCCUCAUGAGUAUUAAUAUAUAAUUUAAUACAUAGAUUACACUUACUUUGUUUGCCAUGUAAAUUAAUGAUGAAGUAAGUUCAAAAGUUUUCAUCAACAAUUCUCUUAUCAAUAAUUAGAAAAGAAUGGACAUUCCUUUGUCCUAAAUUUAAAGAUCCAGCCUUUUGUGAAGGAAUCAAUUAGACAUUUAUAGAUUAAUUCUCUGUUCAUUUUUUGAAGUAUUUUUGUUAAUUAAUAAAAUAUAGUAAUUAUUUAGCACCUUCAAAUGCAUGUUAGAAUUUAGGAGUAUGCAAAUUGUAGCAUGAAAGAUAAACAAUUAAAGAAUAUAUUAAUGAAGUUAUGUAAGAUAAGCUUUCAAAAGAAGAACAAAGGUAAUGGUAAGUGAUAGCUGAAGAAAAUAUAUAAAAUCAAGAAGAUUUUACAGUUGCAUAAUUUGCAGAUUUACAUAUUGAUGUAGAAUAUUCAGUUGGAGCUAAUGCUUUUUGUGGAGCUCCAUUUUGUUGUAGAGAAGAAAAUGGAAAACCUAAAGAUCCAAGUAAAGGAGCUUAAUAUUGGGGAACUUAUGCAGAUUGUGAUUUACCAUUUAGAACAAUAUAAGAUCUGAUCAAAUUUACAGGUGAGAAAAUUAAGCCAGAUUUUAUUAUAUGGACUGGAGAUAGUACAUCACAUGAUGUUUGGCAUUAAUAAAAGUGGAAUCAAACAUUACCUACUAAAAUGAUUACAGAUGAAAUUAAGAAAUAAAUACCUAAUUCUUAAUUAUAUGCAAUAUAUGGAAAUCAUGAAGGUUAUCCAGCUGAUUAAUAUGAUAUGAUAGGUGAAUCUACAUAAUGGUUAAGAGAUGAAGUGGCUGAUAUGUGGAAAUAAUAUUUAACAUAAGAAUCAUACUAUUAAUUAAGAAGAAAUGGUUAUUAUUCUUAAGUAGAGAAAUCUAGAAAUCUCAAAUUCAUUGCAUUAAAUUCUUAAGCUUGUGAUUUACUUAAUUUUCAUUUAAUGGAUGGCAUUACAGAUCCAAGAGGAAUGCUUAAAUGGUUAAUAUCUGAACUCAAAGAUUCAGAAGAUAAACAUUAAUUUGCUGUAAUAUAUGCUCAUAUUCCACCUGGUGAUACUUUUUGUAAUUCAUAAUGGGCUGAUAGAUUUAGUGUUGUAAUAGAGAGAUUUGAACAUGUAGUUACUGGAAUCUUUUAUGGUAUUAUUAAUAUUAACUAUAAAUUAAGGACAUACUCAUUAAGAUCAUGUCUAACAUAUUAGAUCUAAAAUUGAUGGAAGAUAUGUUAAAACUUUAUUUAUUGCACCUUCUGGAACUACAUUUUCAUAUUAAAAUCCAUCAUUUAGAGUCUUUUAAUUUAAUGGCAAAAAUAAUUCAGUUAAAGAUUAUGUUUAAUACAGAUUAGAUUUAGCUAAAGCAAAUAAAGAUGGAUAAAAUGCUAUCUUGAAUUGGGAAGUAGCAUAUAAUUUCUUAGAAUAUUAUGGAUUAGAAAGUGCAUCCUUAGUUCAUGUUUCAUCUCUCCCCUAUAGAUUAGCACAUGAUGAUGAAUUAUUAAAGAAAUAUAUAUAUAGUUAUUCAACAGGAAGUGAUGUCUUAUAUAAAAAACACCUUAAGUAAAUUCAUUUUAUAUUUAAUAUCUUAGAAACCUCAAAAAUUUGUUCCUUAAAAAAGGUACUAAGAGCUUUUUCAUUUGUGGAGCAUAAACAUCAACAUUAGAUGAUUGGUACGAUUGUGUUGGAUUCUUUGAGAAAUUUAAGGAAUCCUCAUUCCUUACUUUUAAAUUAUUAGAAUAAUUUAUUGGUAAAUGGCUUAAAGAAUGAUC